GCGCUUGUAGUCCGUAGUCCGUGCUGGGCAGCGCAUGGCAACAGGUCCUGCUGCACACAUUGCCCAGAGCACCUGCACUCGAGUCCUUUAGCUUGGAAAACGCGUACUUUCGCGUCAGAAAGAAAUCGCAGCAAAUAGACAAACCCAGCUACGGACAACUCCCGGGCUAUCCUCCGGGUCUAGAGCACGACAACAACAAGAACAACAACACCAAGAAGCGCGACGAAGUGGCUAAGACAGCAUCUAAGCAUCCUUGAAAGCGCCAAAUCGAAGCACGUCGUCGCCUUGGGCGCCAAAGUCAAAGGCAAAUCGAAGAAAGAUUUGGGAACGCUUUGGGCGUUGGGACGGAAAUGCGUGCCGACGCGCUUCUUUUUAAUUAACCGGAUCUGGGUGAGCCCGAGGUGAACCGAGGUGAGUGGACAGGCGGACGGGAUGCCCUGAAGGAGCUUGAACGGAGGAGAUCCGAGCAGCAGCAGCAGCAUGAUGACGGGCGCCAACAUCGACUACGACUAUCUGCUCAAGUUCCUGGUGCUAGGCGAUUCAGGCGUGGGCAAGACCUGCCUGCUCUACCAGUACACAGAUGGCCGUUUCCACUCCCAGUUCAUCUCCACUGUGGGCAUCGAUUUCCGCGAGAAGCGGCUGGUGUACAACUCCCGCGGACGUCGCCACCGCAUCCAUCUACAGAUCUGGGACACCGCCGGCCAGGAGCGCUUUCGCUCCCUAACCACAGCCUUCUACCGAGAUGCCAUGGGAUUUCUACUCAUCUUCGAUCUGACCAGCGAGAAGAGCUUCCUGGAGACGGCCAACUGGCUCUCACAGCUACGGACGCACGCCUACUCCGAGGACGCGGAUGUGGUGCUCUGCGGCAACAAGUGCGAUCUGCUGCAGCUGCGCGUGGUGAGCCGCGACCAGGUGGCGGCCCUGGCCAAUCGCUACCGUCUGCCCUAUAUCGAGACCAGUGCCUGCACCGGCGCCAAUGUCCAGGAGGCCGUUGAGCUCCUCGUGGGCCGUGUUAUGGAGCGGAUCGAGAAUGCUGCCUGCAAUCGGGAGCUCUCCCUACUGCUCACCCAGUCGCGUUGCCUGCCGAGCAUUGCCUACGGCCCACCGGAGUUGCUGCGUCUGCAUGAAAGGUCGGAUCAGGAGCCCUCUGCAUCGCAGCGGCGGAACUGCCGCAAUUGCUAGUCCAAAUCGAAGAUUAAUACACCCAUUCCCCCUAAUCCCAGCACCACCCGCAGCCGAGUUAGUUGUUUAUAUCUCGUCUACUGUUUUCCGGAUCUCUACAUGUGUUUCGCUGUA